GCUGCGGUCACACUGCCUCACGGUUUGUUGUGUGAUUGAAAAAAUUGUAGUAACUUUAAUUUUUUCAAAUAAAAACAAUAAUGGGAACCAAAAGACCAAACAACACAGUGGCCUUGGCGCAAGACGCUAAGCGCACCAAAAGCGAUCUGGUGGCCUACACUAAUCGAGAUAAAUCGCUCCUUGAAUCGGGUGUGAGGCGAACCUCCAACCUCCAGGCGCCCAUAAUGCAGCUGGAAGGACAUGAAGGCGAGAUUUUCACAACGGAGUUCCAUCCGGAGGGAGAACUACUGCUUUCCUCCGGGUUCGAUAGGCAAAUAUACAUCUGGCAGGUGUACGACGACUGCGAGAAUGUGAUGGCCAUGUCAGGGCAUAGUGGCGCUGUGAUGGAAGCUCACUUUACUCCAGAUGGCUCGCACAUUUUUACCUGCUCCACGGACAAAACCCUGGCGAUCUGGGACAUAGUCACGGGGCAGCGACAACGGAGGUUUAAGGGCCAUGGCAACUUCGUGAACAGCGUGCAGGGCUCGCGAAGGGGUCAGCAGCUCCUCUGCUCGGGGAGCGAUGACCGCUCCAUAAAGAUCUGGGAUGCCAGGAAGAAGCACGCUAUACACACGCUAGAAUCCCCCUUCCAAGUGACCGCAGUCUGUUUUAGCGAUACUGGCGAGCAAGUGAUUAGCGGCGGGAUUGACAAUGAACUGAAGAUUUGGGACAUACGAAAGCAGGCUGUCUUGCAUCACCUGCGAGGCCAUACCGAUACGAUUACUGGAAUGUCCUUGUCCCCCGAAGGAGACUUCGUCCUAACGAACGCCAUGGAUAACACCUUGAGGGUAUGGGACGUCAGACCCUAUGCCCCAGGCGAAAGAUGUGUGAAAGUUUUUCAGGGCCAUCAGCACAACUUUGAAAAGAAUCUGCUGCGCUGCGCUUGGUCGCCGGGUAGCGAUAAAAUAUCUUCGGGUUCCGCCGAUAGACAUGUCUAUAUUUGGGAUGUAAAUACAAGAAGAAUACUCUACAAACUCCCCGGACAUAAUGGCAGUGUCAAUGCUGUGGACUUCAGCCCGAAAGAACCGCUAAUUCUCUCUGGAUCCAGCGAUAAGACUUUGUAUCUGGGAGAGAUUGAUGAAUGACCGAUGAUUACUCUGAAGAGUGAGAGGAUUGCUACUCUCGUGAACACAAUUUUGAAAACCAGGUAACUUUUAGCAAAGAUUGGGGAUUAGAUUUUUAACUGUAGGCACUCCAAAGCCGCGGGGAUUUGUCAAUAAAUUUGUGUACACUAAAGACACGUA